AUGUCGCUCCCGUGGGUGGUGGUAACGGAUCCUUUCGAGAGCCAGGAUAUCCUCCUGCGCCGCACGAAGGAGUUUGACCGGGGCAGCUUUUUUGGCGAAGUCAUUGGUGGCAUUCUUCCCGAACAGCACUCAUGGCGCAAGUCAAAUGAGACGCGUUUUAAGGAAAACCGGAAUCUCAUCAAUCACCUGAUGGCUCCCUCUUUCAUCACCCAGGUCAGCGCCCCCGAGGUGUACAACUCCGUGUGUACCCUCAUGAAAGUAUGGCAGGCCAAGUGUGAUAUGGCCAAAGAACGUCCCUUUUCUGCGCACCACGACAUUACCUACGGGGCACUGGAUUCUAUUUUCGCGUCGUCAUUUGGACUCGCCGAGGCCGACAGUAUCACUACCCAACGCCUGGAUGCAGUGUCACGCUGGGCUCCAGAGAUCCGGGACGACCAGGAAACGCCGGUCGAGUUUUCUGACGGCCAGAUUCCCGAGAUUUUCAGGGCCAUCCUCACCCUGUCAGACUCGCUCCAAGUGGGGCAGUUGUCCCCGUCGCCCAGUCUCGCGUCGUGGGUACUCCGCAAGUUCCCGUACAUGAGAAAAGCCACCGCCAUCAAGGACAAGUUCAUCAGUGACAAGGUCGAGGAGGCUGUCCGAAGCAUCGAAAGCGGCGACGUACAAGCCCAUACAGCCCUGCACUCAGUGCUUCUACGGGAACGUGACGCGGCAGCCAAGCAAAACCGGCCGCCGGCGUACCACCAACGCCCCAUUGCGGAUGAGUUUUUUGGUUUCCUGAUGGCCGGCCACGACACGUCGGCCACAACCGUUGCCUGGGGAGUCAAGUUCCUGACCGACAAUCCGGCGGUCCAGGACCGCCUGCGGACCGAGCUACGCGCCGCCAUUCCAAAGGCCGUGCAAGAGAAGCGUGCCCCGACCUACCAAGAGCUCGUCAAGUCGCACGUUGCAUACCUCGACGCUGUGGUCGAGGAAGUGCUCCGCCACGCCAACACCAUCGCCUUCGUGGCGCGCGAGGCUCUGCAGGACGCCGUCAUUCUUGGCUGCCGCAUCCCCAAGGGCACCGACAUCUUCCUCAUGGCCAACGGCGCCGGCUACCUCGAGCCCGGCAUGCCUCUCGACGAUGCCACACGCAGCCUGGGCGCACGCCAGAACGGCGGCAAGUCCCUUUCGGGGCAUUGGGACGACGAAGGCAUCGCCGCAUUUCGCCCUGAGCGCUGGAUCGCCGUCGACCCAGAGUCCGGAAAGGAAGUGUGCAAUCCAAUGGCGGGGCCGACGCUGCCGUUUGGCCUCGGGCCUCGUGCCUGCUUCGGGCGGAAGCUGGCGCUUGCUACUCUGCGCAUCCAGUUUGCCAUGGUCGUCUGGCACUUCCAUCUGCUGAAGGCGCCGGAUGGGCUAAGUGGCUAUGAUGCAGUCCAGAAGUUUGCGAGGGAGCCGGUGCAGUGCUACGUUCGUCUGCGUGCUGCUGUCAUCUAA